AUGGCUCCAUCCAAGCAGCAAGAAGAAGCGUCGAGCGGCAAUCUGCUCACCAUGUUGCUCUCCCAAGCAGCCGAAAUCGACUUUAGCGAUCCCAAUGCUACCGAGGCGGAAAGCAGCAGCAGUAGUGACAAAUCCAACGACCCUACUCGACUACUGGUGCAAGGUUGGGAGAUCAGCAAACUGUUUGCAAUCAUCGAGUUUGCCUUUUUGCAUGCGCACGACGAGCAAGGCAUCAUGGCUGGGCUGGACAUGAUGAGUAGAAAGGAGGCCAUCAAAUCCAUCGUGAGUUUCUCAUGCAGUCGGUUGCUUUUCACACGCUUUGCAGGUGGAGCGGCAGAGGAUCUGCGCGCAUACCUUGUCGACCAUCGAUCCAGGCUGGCUCACACUGCGAGAAACACUCUCACUCGGGCCCUUCAUUGGUCUUUCUUGCAUGUAGAAUGGCGUAUUCCUGUUUGUGGUGAGUGCAUGGAGAGCGAGCGAGCGUGCCAGUCGGGCGGAGCCUUGCAGAUAUCACAUGCUGCAUGGCGCUUGCAAUUUGUGUGUACCCUACCGGUACAGCCAGCCGAUGGUGGAUGGGCGCUUAUGCCCACGCGCACGCGCACGCGCACGUCUCGACAGGUCAAGAAUGCAAAUGGCAAAGAGCAAGAUUUCUUCGUGGACAUGUGAGUGGGGGGGAGCGCAGAGCAGAGCCUGCUUGCUUAUUUCAUGGGCCCUCGAUUGCUGUUGCAUGCAUGGGGCCCAGCGCUUCGGCAUCAUGCACGCAUGCAUGCACCGCCGAGUCUGACAAAGAACGCUCGCAUCGCAUCCCAUCUUUGCCACAAUCUGAUACAUCGCUUGGUGAUCGAUUGGGGAAAAUCCAGGAGAAAGACGGGAACUUUUAAUCUCGAGGCGCCAAAGAAGCCAAAGCCGGAUGUGACCAUUCGAGUGGGAGACAAGGUAAGUCGUGGCGGCAGAAGAAGAAUCGUGAAAACGACGGCAGGGCAGGGGGCCCCGCAACGUAGGGGCCCGUCUUGUUGCAAGUCACAACAGUCGCGAUGUUGCCAUCCGGCCGAAAGACUGGCUUUGACUUUACCCUUGGCUCUUCUGCAUCUGCGCCCCCUUCGUCAGGAUAUGGUGCGUCUCGCCACAGGUCAAAUGAAUCCUCAAGCUGCGUUCCUCAAGGGCAAAUUGAAGGUCAAGGGAAACGUCAUGCUGGGUCUCAGGUGCCAGAACCUCUUGAUGAAAGAAGUCGGCAAGAUGAGCAGACUGUAA